CUCGCCUUCCGUCUUCUUCCUCAAUGGAGAUCCACUACGCCCCUCACGAACUCCGACUCCCCAAGCUCGCCGCUCCUUCGACCUCCCGCCCGGCACCCAUCUUCCCCCUCGUCCCGGCGGCCCGCUCCUCUCCCUCCUCACGCCGGGCUCCCGCCGCGCGAGCUCGCAUCUCGUCGCCGGAGAGCGCGGUCGUGGCGCCGCAGCACGCGGGGGGAAAGAUGGUGGUGGAGCUGGUGGGGGCGUUCAACGAGCUGACGGAGAGGAUGAGGAGCGGGGUGUCGCUGUCCACGAGGUCCUCCCGCAUACUGUUCAAGGCCCUCAAGCUCGCCAUCCCCAUGAUGCAGAGCUCGCCUCUCGGCCCCGACGGCCGUCCUCCUCUCUCCAGGGCGCUCAGCAUCGCCAUCAUCCUCGCCGAUCUUCAGAUGGAUGCGGAGGUGAUAUCGGCUGGCAUCCUCAGAGAAGUCCUCGAGGCCGGAGUGGUGUCCAUCCAUGAUGUGAGAGACCGGAUUGGCACGGGGACGGCUCACCUGCUGCACGAGAGCUUGCGGGUCAAGAACUUCCCCUCGAAGGUUGACGUGCUGGACGACGAGAGUGCCGCCGCCCUGAGGAAGUUCUGCCUCACGUUCUACGACACGAGAGCCGUGGUCCUCGACCUUGCCCUGAAGCUCGACACGAUGCGGCAUUUGAGCUACCUCCCGAGGUAUCAGCAGCAGAUGGUCUCUCUCGAGGUCAUGAAGGUGCACGCGCCGUUGGCACACGCGUUGCGGACCGAAUUCUUGUCGCUGGAGCUCGAGGAUCUCUCGUUCCGGUACCUGUUCCCGUACUCGUACCUCUACCUCGACACAUGGUUGAGAAGCCAUGAGACCGGAAGCAAGCCCUUGAUAGAAGUAUACAAAGAGCAUCUGCUUCGAUCUUUGCAGGACGAUUCCGUCCUAGCCAAUAUGGCGGACGAGAUUUUGGUCCUAGGCCGAUAUAAGAGCCGCUACAGCACUAUGAAGAAGCUCCUGCGGGACGGGAGGAAGCCGGAGGAAGUGAAUGAUAUCCUAGCCCUGCGAGUUAUACUGAAUCCGAAGUCGGGACCGGAUACGACCGAGACGGGCGAAAGGGCAUGCUACAGAACGCGGGAAAUAGUCCAGAACUUGUGGAGAGAAAUGCCUCACAGAACGAAAGACUACAUCUCGAGGCCAAAAGCGAAUGGCUAUCAAAGCUUACACAUGGCUGUCGACGUGAGCGAGAAUGGCCGAGCCCGACCGUUGAUGGAGAUACAGAUACGGACUACGGACAUGGAUAUGUUGGCGGCCGGCGGAACUGCAUCUCACUCUUUGUAUAAGAGCGGACUCACCGAUCCUGAGGAGGCAAAACGGCUGAAGGUGAUAAUGUUGGCUGCGGCGGAGCUUUCCGCUCUGCGUCUUCAAGACCUCCCAUCGCUGAAUCACAACACGGAAAUGGAGACCGACCGGAGAGAUCGCGUCUUCCGCCUUCUCGACAAGAACGGAGACGGUAGGAUCAGCAUAGAAGAGCUCAUGGAAGUGAUGGAAGAGCUUGGAGCCCCCGGGGACGACGCGCGAGAGAUGAUGCAGCUCCUCGACGCCAACAGUGACGGUUCCCUGAGCUGCGACGAGUUCGACGUGUUCCAAAAUCAGGUCGAACUAAUGAGGAGUCUAGAAGACAGAGACGACCAAUACAAGGCGAUGUUGAACGAGAAGCUUCACUUGGACGACAUCGCCAGGAUUAGCCCGGCCACGGCUGUAGAACCCCGGCAAUAGCUCAAAGCCGGUAUUGCCCUUUCCUCUUGUAGAUACUAGAGAUAGGUACUUGUACAAUGCAGAUGCUACUUGUGCAUUUUGAGAUGUUGCACUUAACCAAAGUGGUCAAGCAUUUUAGGAAAAGACAUUUUGCUGUUACCAAAGUCGUUGGAUCUUGAACAGGUUCUGGCAUUAUUUGAACAUCAGAAAGUAUACAGGAAAACAAAAGACGGUCCUUGGUAAACAACAUGAACAUAUACAUGCCAAAAACUCAUAAGAGCCCUCAAAAUCUUGAAAGAAAGAGAACCCAAAUAUCAUCGUAG